AUGCAGCAGGACGCCAAAGGCUGCCUAGAGAAACCCCGAAUGCACAAGGCGCUGAGGACUCCACGUAGAGCCAAAACCCCGGGAGUGCAGAGGGCGUCACCUUGUACAACCCCGGCCACGGCUCAGGGACGCCGUGUAGAGGAGCAGCCGACAGACUUCCGGAAGACUUCCGGGGAGGUGCAGAACCAAUCAGCUGCGCGGAAGCAGCGCGCGUGCGCCCUGGGCUCCUUGGCGGGGCUCGCCGCAGACUACAAUCCCCAGGAUGCUCCGGGCCCGCCGACUUUUCAAACGGACCAAUCGGCACCCACGCAGCCCGACGCUCUGGCCAUGGACCGAGCGAAUGGCGGCCACCUGUCUUCCGCUGGCCGGGCAGGGCACGCGCAAACGGAUGAGGCUGAGAAAGAAGGUGUUGUUCUUCUGGCUGAUGAACAGUUCGACUUUGAUCUCUCCUUGUCGUCCUCCAGCGCGAAUGAAGAUGAUGAGGUGUUCUUUGGGCCUGUUGGGCAUAAAGAAAGAUGCAUUGCCGCCAGCCUGGAGCUCAGCAGCCCCGCCCCUGGGCCGGGCCCUGGAAGCCCCCUGGCGUGGAGCCCCCUGGCCGGGGAGAAGUUCGUGGAGGUGUACAAGGAAGCGCGUCGGCUGGCGCUGCAGAUAGAGAGCAGCUGCAGGAACCGGGCUGCGCCCGCCGCGCAGCCCCAGGAGCCCGCCGCCCAGCCCGCCGCCCAGCCCGCCGCCCAGCCCGCGGAGAGAUUCAUCCAGGAGUCACAGCUGAAACUGAGCCUCUUUGACAAGGAGCGGGAGGCACAGAAGAGCCCCAAGUCACUAAAACGAGACACGUACUUCCUGCCCAACAGCCCCUUGGGGCCAUCGCUCCCAGGGCUCCAGCCCUCGGCCCUGCCCAGCUCUGCUGCCCAGGCUGGCCCCGUCCAGGCGCAGGGGCCACUGCUCUCGUCUCAUCCAAGGGCUGCCCGCCCUGCCAACCCGACAGUGACUCAGAAGAGGGCGCCCAGCAAGCUGCAGUUCCCUAGGGCGUCAGCGGCGGGCAGAGGGAAAAGCCUUCACGUGACCUCGGACAAGCUCAAGAAAGAGAUGCCGAGUAGUCCUCCCAGCACAGAAACCCUGAAAGGAAAGGAGCUCCGUGGGGACGCACUCCCUGACAAGGCUAGUGCGUCUCUGGACACAGCCAGUGUGCCAGCUCCUGGAAGCCACCUGGCCCUGGGCAGCCGAUCACUGCCCAUGCCUCCCAAGUUGGGGCUGAGGAAGAGCCUGUUGCGACCACCCAGCUGCAGUGUGGCCCGGAAGUCCUCUUCCUCGGGGGGCGUGUCCCGUGAGGUGGCCGGUGUGUGCCCCUCUCCCGCAGCAGGCAGAGCUAAGCUUGCCAGCGCUCCAGCCCACAGCUCCUUGCUUCUGCCAAACGCUGGCAGGUUGGGCAGAACAGGCCCCACUGCGCCGCCCCAGCCUCUACCAGCAGCAGAGUCCGAUGGAGCCAAGUCCACACCGGAGCAACCCACAGUGCCCCCCGCAGCUGCUCCCACACAGUCCCAGACCCCCAGAACAAGGGACCCAGGGCUGCACUCUAACUUGACUCUGCCGGCGUCUUCUCGGCUGAGUGAAGUUGGAAAUGCCAGGAGGCAAGAUUCCCAUCGAAGGUCCUCAACCAAGACCAUGCCGACUCCCACAGAUCCGUUUAAGGUUCCCAGGUUUUCUGUUGGUGGCUCACCAGGCGGCACAACGCCCAAGCCCUCACGGAUGCAGAGGUUGCAGUCCUGUGCAUCAGCUGGGAGGGUUGUUAUCCACAGCACCCCCGCAAGACGCGUCUCGGGGCUGGCCUCCCCAGGGCUGGCCAGCAGCUUGCGACUGCCCCGGAGUGCGAGGCGCCUGUCAGCCUUGCCCACAUCCACCGGCCGCCGCCUUUCCAGUCUUGUGUGGGACACCCCCAGGACUGCACCCUGGGCGCUGGCCUCACCCCUCCCCGGACCUGCUCGGCGACUUUCUUCAGAGCCCCGGAAGAAAUGCGCAGUGAGGAAGGAGCCGACAGGGGAGAACAGUAGGGCCGAGUCCAAGCCUGCAGCGUGGUCGCCAGAGGAUGACGGCUCCUGUCCCCCGGCUGUGCCUCAGGCACUCACCUUUUCUCCAGAACGAAGUGAGCUGACUUCCCCAAAAUGUACUGGCCCAGAAGCUCUGGAAGAAGCCAAGCCCAGUGUGGAUGCAGCCCCUGGCGAGGCUCUCCUUGUGGACCUUGGGCUGGCCCAGCUCAGCCUCACGGCAGCAGCAGACAGCAAGUCCCCUGCUGACCUCCCGCUCAUCGACUUCUGCAGCUCUCCAGAAGUGAAUGUGGUUCAGGGUUCUGAGAGCCGACCCCUGAUGGACCUCAUGACAAACACCCCAGAUCCGAGUCGGAGUGUCGUGCCUAAGCCAGCACAGGUGGUAGGGCAGCUCAUCGACCUGAGCUCUCCGCUCAUCCAGCUGAGCCCCGCUGUGGACAAGGAGAACGUGGACUCGCCGCUGCUCAAGUUCUGAGUUGAGUGGGGCUCCUCGCCGCUCGCUCUUUGCUCUAAGAAAUUUCCUCAAGUGAUUUUCAUCCCAUGGGAACACAAUUUAGAAGGAACUGAAUAAAAAAGGUUGUGCUUCCCAAGCCCAGAGAGGGUGGGCAGGACAGUGGCAGUCAGGGCUGACUGGGGGACCCCAUUCCCAGCAGCACCCCGUGCCAUUUCACCCCAUGGUGACUGGGGGACCCCACUCCCAGCGGCACCCCGUGCCGUUUUACCCCAUGGUGACUGGGGGACCACACUCCCAGUAGCAUCCUGUGCCGUUUCACCCCCAUGGCUCUGAAUUAGGGAUUCUGUUUGGAAUCUUUUGUGUAUAAAAUAGAAUAGCUAUUUUUAAAGUUAAAUUAUGAAAUAAAUAGAAGCGUACU